GUGUGCAGUGGAGAGACCUAACAAACAAAUGGUGGUGGCAAUGGCAAUGGCAAUGGCAAUGGCAUGUGGAGCUUCAUCAUCAGUGUGUCGGCCGUGGGCCCAACCACACUGUUGAGCGACAUGCCGCUGUGGGCCCUUCUUCUUCCUCCUCCUCCUCCUUCUCCAUCUCCAGUUUAAUUAAUUAAUUAAUCGGUCGAGGAGGAGCGUGGAUGAGGCUGGAGUAUCUUUCCCAGCGUGCAAGCCACAUAACAGACAGCACCGCAGCCUUCCCCUCCUCACGUACACACCCUCAUCAUUCCCACACCCUCCCCCCUCUCCCUCUCUCUCUUUCUCAUCUCCACCGGCUCACUUCACCUCUCACCCCUUUCCUUUCCUUUCCUUACUUGCCUCUUCCUCGUCUCUAGCUAGCUCCUCUCUCAGCAGUCAGCACCACCACCAUCGCCUUCUGCAUGCAUGGAACUUUCUUCUGCUCACAAACUCCAGUUCUUGUCGGCAGCCUGAUCAUCACAGAGCCAAACACGUCACCCGUUUGUCAUAGAUCUCUUGCAGAUCGUUUGAUCACCGACCUAGCUACUGCUAUAGAAACUGAAUUCAGAGCAGCCAUUAAUUGGACAUCAUCAGUCGCAAGGAAUGGUGUUAAACCCCAAGAACCAACAACAACAACAACAACAAGCACAAGGGCAAGAAAAGAAGGCAAGGCCUCAGCCAGAGCAAGCUCUCAAGUGCCCUCGGUGCGCCUCCACCAACACCAAGUUCUGCUACUACAACAACUACAGUCUCUCGCAGCCGCGAUACUUCUGCAAGAGUUGCAGGAGGUACUGGACCCAAGGGGGCUCCCUUAGGAAUGUCCCCGUCGGAGGUGGCUGCCGGAAGAACAAAAAAUCAUCGUCGUCGUCGGCAUCGGCAGCAGCAUCCUCCACAAAAAUCAACAAGCCAUCAUCUGACCUCGACAACAACAGUACUACUGCCAACCUGCUAGCCAACUCCUUCCCUCCACUCCCCUCAAUUCCUCACCUCUCCGACGACCUGACCUUAGCCUUUGCUGCUGGCCUUCACAGGCAACCACAUGACAAUAAUGGCUUUCUUCUAGGGCAUAAUGCAGUUAAUAAUAUCAUCCCUUCCGCAAACCCUAGCUUUCUCGACAUAUUGAGGAGCACUACUACUGCUGCCUCCUCUGUUAAUGAUCAUCAUAAUCUGAAUACUAUUCCAAACGCUGAGGAUUUGAGCAACCUGUACUACGGUUCAGAAGAGGGGUUCUUGUCCUUCGACGGAGAUCUGCAACCAAGAAGAGUGCAAGGCGGCCAUGAAGUAGGGGCAUGCAGCAAGGACAUGGAGGAAGGUGGGGGUGGGGAUCAGACCAAGGCAGCGAUGGGGGGACUAAAUUCAUGGCAUGGACUCGUCAUGAAUGGAAGCUCCUUCAUGGGGGCUGCAAGGAUGGACAUGCCCACCUCCACACUUGGAGAUGCUUACACUUUCUUCUAAAAACUACUGAAAACUUAAAAGGUUCUUUUCUUUUCUUUUCUUUUUAUUUCUUCUUUUCUUUUGGUCACAUGGCCUUCUUGUGUUCUACUGGAGAGUCUAAUCGAAUUAAAAAUUGAAUGACAAGACUUGUUAGUAUUUAAAAUA